CCGGUACAUAUGUAGAGACAUGCGACUAUACACAGUCACAUUGUUGCUGAUUGAGCAAAGCUUCGAUGAAGCGAGUAGAGGAACCAGGCUAGCUAUGAAUUAAUCUCCAUCCAGUAGAGCACACAGCUCCGUCGUCGUCGUCGUUGUCGUCAUCAUCAUCUCUCCUGCAGAUACUGAAGUCUGUUGAUGCUGUAUGGCAGCGGUUGUGUGCGUGUGCCGGCUUCUACAUAACACACGGAUUUAGCAUCUCUUCCGUAUCACACAUCAACAGCUUGCCUGCCUGAAAAACUAAGUUACUUUAUACUUACAGCUUCAUCUCAGAAGAACACCACAACUUCGCCGCAACAGGAAUAUUAUAUAUAUAUUUUUAUAUACACAUAUUUCCAUACACACACACACGCACACACACACACAUACACAUAUAUUAUAUAUACCCUAUACCAUAUACUAUAUACACUCAUAUACUUACAUGCGUGAGUUUACAGUGAUUGUAGAAGAUGUCCAACGAAAUAAUAUAAAAAAAAACAUGAAGCAAUUGAUCAGGUAAUUCAAAUGGAGAAAGUUUGGAAUGUUUUACCAAUAUCCCUUGUAUUAUUAACCAACUGGAUUUGGAGGACUUCUUUGGAUGAGUGAAAAGUAACUUUAUCAAAAAAUAUCAUAGAUUCCCUGCUCUGUCAACAGAGGAAUUUAUUCUUGUACAAGAAGUUUACCAUUCUUUGAAUAAACAUGGGUUCCUACGAAGACUCCGAUGGCUACAAAUACGUCUACACGCUCUACUACAACUCAUCAGCUGGGAAACUAAUUCCUGUUGAAGGUGAAGACGGUAAAACUCGUUAUGGAAUGGUCAUUUUCCAAGGGCUGCUGGCCUUUUGGGGAUUUCUUGCCAACUUAAUACUCAUCAUUGCCCUCGUUUCAUCGAAAAGCGCACGCCGACUGGUUAUUACCUUGUACAUACUCAGUUUGACCACCAUCCAGCUUUUGAUGUGUGUUGUAAAUCUACCAUUUGCCGUUUAUGAUGAUCUACACAAAUGGAGUCUGGGACAAAGAUUUUGUGAAGCCUGGGUUUUAAUGGACGUCACCCUCAGCUGUAUUUCUGCUCUGGUCAUUGUAAUGAUGAACAUCGAUCGUUUGAUGUUUGUCCUUGAUGCGAAACGUUAUGUGAAGAACAUGAAGGUCAUUGCUCUCAUUCUGAUGGUCAUCUUUCCAUGGCUGCUCGGCAUUUCAUUGGUCAUCAUUAUAUGGGUGAAAGGCAAACAGUUUUUCCCAGAUUUCCCAGGAAUGUGUGUCUAUGCGCUACACAAAGAAUACGCCAUGGUUUCGCCCUUUGUCAUGUAUUUCAUCCCCGCCUUAAUUAUUCUAGGUCUUACCUUCGCCAUACUGGUCACCGUGGUUCUCCAUCCUCAUCACCGACAACCUCCAGACGGAACCCAUAUGUUUGACGAACAAGGUCAACCGCAACUUCCGUAUCCGUUCCGUGAACACAACUCGCUGUUUUCCGUAUGUUUGGUCAACUUUUUUUUCCUCGCCAUGAGUUUCCCCUACAACUGCGAAAAUGCUGUCAUGGCCUUUUGUGAGACGGAUAAUUGCAUGCCACCUUCAGACCGGCCACAUAUUUUCUAUUUGUUAGGGAUAUCAUUUCUCGGACUAAACCCGCUGCUGUGGUUAACGUACCAGGAGGUCCGUGGUGCUUUUCUCCGAAUAUUUGAAAAUAUAUGUAAAAGAUAAAUGGUAACAGAAACGAAAAAACCUGAAACGAAACGAAGAUUCUUGUUUAAAAAAUAAGAGAAAAAAUGAAAUUUAAAACGGAAAUAAUUUUGAAAUAUUUGUUA